UAAGGGCGACAAUCCGAACAAAUUUAUUUUGCAUUCGCACUCUGGAAAACUAAUAACACGUACCCACUAAAUUUAACAGGAGUUGCGUCUGAUUAGUCAUCUACAGUAUUAGGAUUUGCACUCUGAAUCGGCUUUUAAUUUUCUUUUUAACCUUAGGCAACGAGAGGGGGAGAAGUAAGCUAAAUAGGGUAAAUAUCACUUGCUACCCGAUUGCUUAAACUCCCGAGCUCUGCCAGCUCAUUUUGCGGGGCUGCUUGCUGAGCGCGGUUAUUCUUAGGGUGUGAGAUGGGAGUGAACAUGCCAUGAAUGAAGGGGCUGCCCGUAAGCAGCUGUUUCCGGAUAUUGCUUUUUCGCAGAGGAAGAACUUGAAACUACAACCCGAUGCAUUCUGGGCCCAAGCAAUGACGACGGGAGCGAAACAUUGCAUGCUUUUCACCUGAAUGCCUCUCCUUCUUUACCGGCUGGAUUACAAGGAAACCCACAUUUCAUCUUUAGCGUUCAGCAAAUAGGAAAUAUGACUGAGUGGCAGAGGAAGACACCUUUGGAAUGGCUGUCUUAUGUGAAUAAAGAAAUUGAAGUUCUGGCUGCUGAGAAACAGAAGUAUAAAGGAUGGGUUUUAACAGUCGAUCCAGUGUCUGCCAACAUUCUCCUGGCAAAUCCACUUGAGAAUGGAAAAGUGUCUAUUUCAGGCAUCUUGGGGCAUGCAGUGCAAGACGUGAAGAUAUUGUCCGAAGCAUCUGAUGCUAUGAAAGAGAAACUUGCCCACCUAUUCAUGCCUGGAGAAAGCCAAACCUACAGUCAAGAGGAGCUAGAGGACAAGAAAAGCAGCUUGAAGAACUGGUUGGAGAAAAACCAUAUUCCUGUAAGGGAGCAAGGAGAGUCACAAACAACACUCUGUGUUGCAGGGGUGUUGACUAUUGACCCACCGUAUGGACCAGAGGAUUGCAAUAGUUCCAAUGAAAUAAUUUUGUCUCGAGUUCAAGGGUUGAUACAAAGUUAUCUUGGCCUUCAGCAAUGACAGAGUUGAAGAAUUGUGAUGAAGUUACCUACUUGCAAACCCUAUGCUAACCUUCCCCAACCUGAUGCCUUCUACAUGGACUACAAAACUCACAUUGGCUGGAUUGAAGAGAGUGCAACAGAAGGUGUUUAAAGAGUGUUUAGAAGGUGUUCCUCACUACGCAAUUUCACUUAUGCAUGUGCGGGACUGGAACGUAACCCCCGCGCAAGUGGAAAGUUACCUGUAUACAAUUUCUUGCAAAAAAGAAACAUCAAAAUACAUUAUGAAUCUAA